CCAACAGCGAGCCACCUGCUCACCACUCCGCCGCUCGGCUGGUUGCCACACUUUCGGAAACUCGGACCCGCGGACACUGUUCAGCGCAGAGCUUGGCCCGGGACCAACUCGCCCAUCGCCCGUCGUCCUCCGCAGAGGUCCGCAUCGCAAACGACGACGACGACGACGGGUUUCGUCGGCCUCUUUAACAUGCCCACUGCCCGCCAGAAGGAAAAGUUGCGCGCCACCGACGCCCCCUCCAAGACGGCCGCAGGAGAUGGUGACAAACUUGUGCAUAGCAGCCGGGGGGGAAGCGGCGCCAGGCGCCCCUUGCUCACAGCCACGACGCUGUUGCUACUUGCCCUCGCCCUUGCCCUCUCCAGCUUGGAGGGUGUCCACGCCACGCCAGCCACGCUGCCGUCUCUCCACGAAAUACAUGUGCGACGGCCCUUGCCCACUCGGAACCAAUUCAUCCCCUGCAUCGAGCGCUACAACGUCUCCACCACUCCCUACCAGCGCGUAGCGUCACACAGCGCAUCCUCCAGCACCAGCGACGAGCAGAUCGCAUUCAUCACGCCAUACUCCAACUCGACCGAGACGUACUGGGAUGCGUCACAGUCGGACAACCUCAUCUUCCACUUCCACCCCGAGGCGAUCGUCUACCCGCGCGACAGCGCGCAGGUCAGCCACGUUGUCGCAUGUGCCGCGCAGCACGGCAACAUCGCCGUGGCCGCCCGCUCCGGCGGCCACAGCUUUGCCGGAUAUGGCUCCGGAGGCCAGGACGGUAGCGUGAUCAUUGAUAUGCUUCACCUGAGCGACAUCCACGCGGACAGCGCGCAUUCCUGGGCCGACGUCGGACCCGGCGCCCGCCUUGGCGACGUCGUCAAGGCGCUCUGGCGCGACGGCAGGCGUGCCAUGCCGCACGGCACCUGUCCCACCGUCGGCGUCGGUGGCCAUGCGCUCUGCGGCGGCUUUGGACCCAGCUCGCGCGCCUGGGGCCUAGCCACAGACUCCAUGCUCGAGGCGGACGUCGUCCUCGCCGACGGAUCGAUCGUCACCGCUUCGCGUGACUCGCACCCGGAGCUGCUCUGGGCGCUCAAGGGCGCCGGUCACUUUUAUGGCAUCGUCACGCGCUUCCGCUUCCGCACGCAGGACGCGUCGAGCCCGAUGACAUUCCUCGAGUACAAGUGGACCAAGAGCAUCGUUGGACCCGACCCGAUCGUCGACACGGUCGACGCCGUGCAGCGCUGGGUCGCCGACCCCUCAUUCCCCGCUGGGCUCGGCUUCCACAUCCAGAUGGGGCCCGCUUCGUCUAUCGACCGCAAUGCCGGGCUCGACAAUACGCUGCAGACGCCGCAGUUCACGCUGCACCUGCGAGGCAUGUUCCUGCACCCGCUGGCACAGUACAAGCCCUGGGCCGACAAGCUGCGCACCGAGCUGCGCGCGCGUGGCGUGCCAGUGCCUGAUUACUCUGACGAGCGCGCCGUCGACUGGCUCCAGCUGAACCAGCUCUGGGACGACUUUGGCACGCAGGACCACAAGCUCGACACGUUCGCCGAGCGCCUCGUGCACAACAAGUUCGUCGCCAAGACCGUCCUCUCGCUCGAUCACCGCAAGCCGCUGUUGCGCGACGCCCUCCGUCAAACGGCGCAGCUCAUGUGGGACUGGAUGCUCAAGACGUGGGGCCUCCCGCGCCGCUGGAGCUGGAAUGUCUACUUCGAGAUGACAGGCGGGAGCAACGUCAAGUACCGCGACGACGCCGAACUGGUCCGCGCCAGCGCCUUUCCGCACCGCGACACCCUCUGGCUCAUCCAGGCAUCUGUCGGGACGUCGCCGACGGGCACGAUCGAGCCGCGCGCCUACACACUCAUCCACCAGCUCGAGGACUCAUUUCGCAACGCCAUUGCCGUCUCGGGCUCCACGCCCGUCGCUUACGGCUGCUACACGGACGGAGACAAGACGAGGAGCGGCGCGUGGAAGCACGACUACUACGGCGACAAUGUACCCAAGCUCGAAGCGCUCAAGCAUCAGCUCGAUCCCACCAACCUCUUCCGCAAUCCGCAGACUUUCGGCGCUGCCAGUACCAGUGACGAUGCUGAAGCGUCUCAAAAUAGCAUUGUGACGCAUCCCCUGCCUCGCUAGGCGCCUGCCAGGGGCAUUGUGCAAUCUGCAUUUAUUCGGGACGAGAAGGGGCAGGCAAACCAAGUCCAUGCUGCACCAGAGAGGUGGGUUGCAUUUGUAUUAUACGCAUU